AUGACGAGACCCAUGUUUCCAGAGACAAAGAUUCGUCUUGCGCCCCUCGUCAAAAAGGUUGUUCCACUGGUUAACAAGAACAGUGCAGCAGGAGUCAUACUCAAAGUCUUGAGCCGGGAGCUGGAGGACUGCCAUGAACAUGUAGAGAAGAAGGGAAAGGCGCGGCCUAGCGGGAAAACGAAAGGCAAGGAAAGGGAGAACUCAAACGCAAAUAACGAAAGGCCCCAGCUUGAAAAUUGGGUAAAUGAACAAGCACGGAGGAGGGGGUGUGAAGAACAUGGCGAAGAAGACGCCGAAUCCCAAGAUGGCUCCAACGGUGGCAGGGAGACAGAAUCUGGCCCUUCUAGACACCACCAUCGAAAGUACCGUAAAUCACGCCCGCACGCGCUCUAUACCAAUGAAAGCGACGAAAGAGAGCAUGAACAAAGAUCACGAAGACCAGGAUCUACUGCGGGAAGACGCUAUAGGCUUCAUGACAAGGAGAAACAUCGACAUUUCGAACACGCUCCCUGCGGAGAAGUUGAGGAUAAUGACCAAAGCCCACAUGACGACAGCCGUUUCAUGAUGAGCGGUGGGGCUGGUCCGUCGUUCGAUCAGGACCCUGGGAUUAUGCCCCCCUCAUCCUCAAACGGAAAUCUCAGCUUGGACGCCUUCGACGAGCUCAACAUAAACGAUGCACGGGAUGAUCGAGGUCUUGCGCGAGAUCCGCCACCACGACCCGACUUCACAGACUCUCUUGUUAGACCCAGACAACAUCCACAAGAAGGUAGAGGGAGGAGAAGGAGGCGCCGAAAGCCGAGCCCAUCGCCUCCGAGGCUAGGGAAGUGGUGGCAAUGGGGGAAGUAUGGAGCUGAAUGCGUAAGAUAUGAGGCCGAGAGAAUCAAGAGGGAGGAGGAGAGAAAGAAGCGACGACAAAGGAGACGCGCAGAAGCGAGAAAGGCUAGGGAGAGCAGUACCGGUAGGAACAAAAGAGGUGCAGGGGACGGCAACCCAGAGGAACAUGAACGCGUCUAUCCAAAAAGCGACCGAGAAGACGACGAUGGUGGCAAAAUCGAAGGUCAUGUGGAUCCCCAAUUUCGUACUGCUGGAUAUCGUGCUGGAGGCUCCCAGACACGCCAGAGGCAGACGAGCCGCGAUAGACCGUCGAUAGACCUCUCACCUCACAACCCUAUCUCCACAUCGCAUGAAGCUAAGCAGUUCUCGCGCCCUGCGACCAGCAUGAGCAGCUACUCUAGGGCCGCAACACCUGUCCCAGACCGUCCAAGCACCGCACCGACUCCCCAAGGGCCAGUAUUAAUGCCAAAUCCCGCGUCUUUCCUUCCGCCCCUAUCGAAACUACCAUACCCGUCCUCCAGGGCCGCAACCAGGAGCGCGAGGAUGCCAUCUCCUUUUAGAAUCCCUUCGCCAAUACUUACCAAAGCCCCAAGUGCUGGACCAACCCCAGAGCUCUCCAUGCCCUCCACGCCCCGCCCGACGGAAGCGAUGCUUGCGAAUAGAACUAUGCUGCCAUCUUCGUUCAUCUUCCCGACGCCGCCGGAGAACCGAGACCAUUCGGCGAGUAGGAUGCCUAGCACCGGGGAGAACGCAAGAUCGCAAUCGCGUAGCCACAGAGCUGAAAGUGAUGUUGAUACUGAUGGAGAGAGCGAUAGCGGGAGUUGGGGAGGAGGUGGCGCGCGUGCGGAUGUUAGGAGGGAGAUGAGCGAGAGGUUUGCGGAUAUGGGGAAGGGGGUUGUGAAAGGGAUUGGGAUUGGGAAAGGCCUGUGGUCAGGUGGGGAGUGGGGGUGGGAUAAACUUGGUAAGAAUGAGAGUAAGGAGGAAAGCUGA